AUGAAGUUUGGAAAGACGCUAUUAGCAAAUCAGAUACCAGAAUGGUCAAGAAACUAUCUAUCCUACAAGGCUGUCAAAGGAGAGAUUAAAGCUGCGUCAACACAAUUACCACCUUCUGAAGAAGAGAUUACAGCCAUCUUUUUCAGAUUGGACAGAGAAUUGGAAAAGGUCAACACAUUUUACGUCUACAAACAAGCAUUGAUCCAUCGUCGAUUAUGGAUCUUGCAGGAGAAACAUGAAAAGUUCCAUGAUGAGAGUGAUGAAGUAACAUCUGCAUUGAAGGAAACACGAAAUCAAAUGAAUAAGCUCAUGUGGUUUGCUGAAUUGAACUCGAAAGGCUUUCGCAAAAUACUUAAAAAGCUGGACAAGAAGUUGGGAGUGGAUUUUCAGACUGUGUAUUGGGAGACAAAGGUUGCUGUCUUGCCGUUUGCAGCCCCUAUUCAACUACGAACCGAACUGGAUCAAGUGACAGAAUGGAUAUUGACCUUGGCCUCUUCCGAUGCUGACAAGCAAUCAUCACAGCCACAAGACAGCAGCAGCAACAACAACAGAUCUACCUUGAAACUAGCUCGCUAUACAUCCAAGAAUGAAGACAUUUCCAACGUCAUAAAAAAAGACGAUCAGGCCGAACUCGCAUCCUUGUUAGAGAAAGAGGGAUCCAGAACCAAUGACACCAUUUUAGAAUUAGCAGUAGAACACGAAUCCGUUCACUGUCUCAGGUACCUCGUUUCAACUCUCGGCUUAUCCCUCAUCAACAACCGGGACAUCAAUGAACGCAACUUGCUUCAUCGUAGGUGCAUUCGACCUCCCACCUCUAUGCAGAUCAUCAACGUGUUACUGGAACUCGAGCCUUCACUCACCACACAAAAAGAUUUCGCUGGACGCAGACCACUUCAUUAUGCAGCAGAGUCAAAUGACGCUAAUUUGAUCAAGGCCCUGUUACAACAUGCCAUAGAUCAUCACUAUUACGCUUUGCAUGACGGAUUUGCGGAUCCCGUGUGGCAGGAUCGUGAAGGAUUCACGCCCUUGUUCUUUGGCAUCAUUCACGGUAGCACAGUAGCUGUCAAGGAGUUGAUUGAAGUGGGUCAAAUUGACAACAUUGAUGAACUGUUCGCCUCUGGACAAAAAUCACCUAGCAUCUCGCAUGCCUCACUUUCAUCUGAAGAACUCAUCGCCAAUGAAAACGAGCCUUUACCUGACUUUGCUCGUUCGCUUCAUCAUCCUUCCUCUGUUGCUUUGGCUUGUAAAUUAGGCAACUUGGAAUUACUCAAACUGCUGAUCAGCAAAAACGCGUCUGUCGAUCUUGCGGAUGAGGACGGUGAAACUCCCCUUUUGUUUGCUAUCAGAAGCCGUUUCUUGGAGGGUGUCAAAGUGCUGAUUUAUGAAGGUCAUGUGGACGUCAACUUGGCAGAGAAGGUCAAUGGUUGGACACCGUUGAUGAUUGCCUCCAUAGAAGGAUUCAAGGACAUUGUAGAGGCCUUGCUGGAAGCCAAAGCCGAUAAAGACGUAGUGGAUCAGAAUGGCUGGUCUGCUUCAGAGCACGCUGUGUUUCGUGGUUAUCUCGAUAUUGGUCGUUUGACACUGCCCAAGGACACCAAACUUCAUCUGGAUCCAGCUGUUCGCGCCAAAUUCACCAGCGCAACAACAUCAGAUGACGACAGUGGCCAAUCUACGCCCACAUCAUCUGCCUCACCCACCAACACCAAAACAAAACCUGCCUCCAAAGCAGUUUCUAAAGCAAGCCGACUCUAUGGCCACAAGUACCUGACUGAUCUGUCCAUGAUCAUUAUCACACUGGGCUCAAACGAUGUACGCAAUCCUCUUUGUCACAAAUUCAUUGACCUGGUAGAAAAGUUUCAAGGCGAAGAUCAGCAACGCCGUCUCUCGCUCUCUGUGUCGGCCACCAACGCCUCGGGCGAGUUCCCCAUCAUUGACCUGCCAUCUGAAUUCACACAUGCGUUUUACCCUGAACCCAUCGUCUUGUUUACGCCCAAGCCCGAAGAAGUGACGCUACGAUUUGACUUGAUUGAAACAUUUGGUUCCUCUCGAAACAGCAAUGUAUUGGCUCGGGGCACUUCUGUUUUAGCUGGUGAUUUCAUAUUUACCAAAUCCAAGGGUUUCAAGGGGCCUACUGAAAAGGCUUCGUUGCGAGGUCAGCAGACAGUGCCUCUGGUGCAAGCAAAGGACUUGGAUUGUGUAGGUACCUUAGGCUUUGAGUUCUUUGUCAUUACACCCUUUGAAAACAAAAACAUGCGCAUUGGUGAUCGCUAUACGUACUACAAGUCGGUGGACACGCAAGUCAUUGGCCAUCGUGGUUCUGGUAUGAACAGAAAGGGAUCCAAGUUGCAAGUAGGCGAGAACACGGUGCUCUCAUUUGUUACAGCUGCCUCUUUGGGUGCCGAGUAUGUCGAAUUCGAUGUUCAAUUAACCAAGGAUUUGGUGCCUGUCAUUUAUCACGAUUGGACUGUAACAGAAACAGGUUAUGAUAUCCCAUUGAAUGCCAUCACGUCAGAGCAGUUUCUCAACCUGAGAAGAUCUGGUCAAAUCAAGGAGUACCACACGGGUGUGAGUGAAGGGGCACAUGGGGUUCUGGUUCCUACUGGGCAUUCAGAGCCACAAGCCAAAGACACUGCUGUAGUAGCACCGACACCAACUUCUCAGUCUCUCUUGAUCGCCAAUGGCCUGCCUCUCCACCAUCAUCAUCCCAAUGAAAACGGCAGUGGUCGCAACACACCCAACGGCGUUCGUGCUAGCAGAUCCCACUCCUUUAGCGCCAGUAGCCCUAACCGUCUCGAUCUUUCUGACCCAUUUGAGCAGACCCGAACCUCCAAGUCGGGCAAAAUGAAGGGCAAUGGGCCUGAAACCAUCCAAGGGCCUUUCACCACACUAGCCGAAGUACUCAAGAGUGUGCCUAAAUCAGCCGGUUUCAAUAUCGAAGUGAAAUAUCCCAUGAUUGAUGAAGCAGAGCAAGACGAACUGACCCAGUUCCAGGAGCUCAACAUUUACGUGGAUACCAUCUUGGAAUGCGUUUACAACAAUGUACAACAGGAUCGCCAUGUCAUCUUUUCCUCCUUCCAUCCUGAAAUCUGUUUGGCACUCAAUCUGAAGCAGCCCAACUAUCCUGUCUUUUUCCUGACAGAUGCUGGUACGUUGCCCAUGGCGGAUAUUCGUUGCAACUCGCUGCAAGAGGCAGUGCGAUUUGCCAAGCAAGCGGAUCUGUUGGGUAUUGUGGCUGCAAGUGAACCUAUCCUGGAAGCACCUCGUAUGGUGCAAGUCAUCAAGGAGAUGGGAUUGCUGUUGUUUACCUAUGGUGUCUUGAAUAACGAAGUCGAAAAUGCAAUUGCUCAAAAGCACUACGGUGUAGAUGCUGUCAUUGUGGAUUCUGUCUUGCCUGUUCGCAAAGGAUUACGUGGAGAUUAA